UUGUUCAUCCUGAGAACCGGGGUCUCACAAUGGCGGACAUUAAAAACUUCCUUUAUGCUUGGUGUGGGAAGCGCAAAGUUACUCCCAACUAUGAUGUUCGAGCCACAGGAAAUAAAAACAGACAGAAGUUCACGUGUGAGGUUCGGGUAGAAGGGUUCAACUACACAGCUAUGGGGAACUCAACUAACAAGAAGGAUGCUCAAGCCAACGCUGCCAGAGAUUAUGUCAAUUACCUUGUCCGUAUUGGGGAGGUAAAAGCUAGUGAAGUUCCUGCCUUGGGGACGAGUAUGCCUGGUGCGGAUGUCUCCAUUGAUCCUGGUGGAGGACGUGGCUUUGGCACCCUUCCUCCAAACGCACCGCUUCCACCUCACUUGGCAGUUAAGAAUGAAGCAGAUGUUGAACCUGGACCUAGUUCUGGGCCAGUCCCUGGAGUGACUGGUUUGGGUUAUUCAAACUUCAGUGGGGCACAGUGGGAACGUGGAGUCAAUUUGAAUGACUAUUAUUCAAAGAGAGAGGAACAGGAAGCACAAGCUACUCUUGAAUCUGAAGAGGUAGAUUUGAACGCUAGUCUCCAUGGUAACUGGACCCUAGAGAAUGCCAAGGCCCGUCUGAACCAGUUUUUUCAAAAGGAGAAGAAUCAAGCAGAUUACAAAUACAGUCAAGUUGGACUGGACCACAACAGUGUACCCCAGAACAAAUCAACACAGAUCUCCAAAAUGAAUCAAAUGGAGCAGGAUAAAAAUCUGCAACAGGUAAUAUACUUUAUCUUAAGCAUAUACAAUUUCCUUAAGUUGCCCCUCAUAUUAUGCAAACGAUCCACAACAACCAAGUUGUCAUCAUCAGAGGUGCAACAGGCUGUCUUGGACGAGUUUAUCAAAAGUGGAAAAGCUUCCGAUUGUAACGUUGUAACCCAGACUGAUUUCCUUAUGGUUGUGCUGAGGGAUGUUGUACAAGCUUUCCCAGAGAUCAGAAUCAUUCUCAUGUCUGCUGCCAUUGACACCACCAUGUUCAGGGAGUACUACUUCAACUGCCCUGUAAUAGAGGUUUUUGGACGCACAUUCCCAGUUCAAGAAUACUUCCUUGAGGACUCUAUCCAGAUGACUCAAUUUGUUCCCUCACCAUCAGAGAGAAAGAAAAAGGACAAGGAUGAAGAAGGCGGAGAGGAGGAGACAAACUUUAAUAUCAUAUGUGGUCCUGAAUAUGGACCCGAGACCAAACGUUCCAUGGCUCAGAUAAAUGAAAAGGAAACACCCUUUGAACUAAUUGAGGCCCUGCUGAAGUACAUAGAAACACUGAAAGUUCCUGGAGCAGUGCUGGUGUUCCUGCCGGGCCACACUUUGAUGUUCAACAGUGUAGGACCAGAUAACAAUCUGGAUGUGGUGAUCUCCCUGCUAGCAUUUGGAGCUUAUCCCAAUGUUUGUUACCACAAAGAAAAAAGGAAAAUCCUCACCACAGAGGGUCGCAAUGCUUUAAUUCACAAGUCCUCUGUCAACUGUCUAUUCAGUAGUCAGGACCUGAAGUACCCGUCACCUUUCUUUGUGUUUAGUGAAAAGAAUGUUUAUUCAACCAAAAAAAUACAGAGAAGUGGCACUGUAUUUUAUGGUGUGCUCACCACUAAUAGUGAUCUUAAUAUUUGUACUACGUUUCAUAUACACAUCAGAACUCGGGCCAUCUCUGCAAAAGGAAUGACAUUGGUUAGUGCUCUUCAGCUCCUCCUGUUUGCUUCAAAGAAAGUUACAUCAGAUGGUGAAAUUAUUCUACUUGAUGAAUGGAUAAAAUUAAAGAUGUCUCACAAUGUAGCAGCAUGUACAACUGCAUUACGAACAGGAAUGGAGGCUGUUGUUGUCGAAGUCAGCAAAGACCCUGAAGAUAUUCGGCAAAUGGAUCCUAUAAAUCAGCGCAUGCUGAACAUUAUCCGUCAGAUUUCGAAGCCUUCCGCAACAGGACUUAAUCUAAUGGUUAACAACUCAAGAUUUGCCGAUGGUCCACGGCCCCCUAAGAUGCCAAGGUUUGCUGGCGGUGCUGGAUACAGAGGACGGGGUGGUUACCACGGUGGAGGUAUGGAGGUGGUGGCUACAGGGGAUCGGACUAUUGUGGCUACAGAGGGGGAGGAGGAGGAUAUAGGGGUGGGUAUGGAGGUGGUUUUUAAAAAACAGUAUGCAAAAGAUAAAUGCAGUUUUCUUUAGCCCAAUGGCCAUGUUGGGAGUGUAUGUAUUCAACCCCCCCCCCCCCAGAACGUAGUCCAUAAAAAUGUAAAUUUGCACUUGGCACAAUGACUGCAAUAGGAUAAUUAGUGCAUUUGUAAUAAAGUAUGUGGUGGGUUUUGUUUGUUUUUUAUUGUCUUGAACACAUUUGUUGAGUGUUUGUUUUUAAGGUAAACAUUAUCGUUAGUUUUCUAAUACCUGCACAAAGUAUGUGCAAGUGCAUCUUUCCUGUAAAACUGCUUUGCUUUAUCAAGUUUUGUGUUUGGGCUCGUCCAAAAUUGUCAUCAAUUAUAGCAAGUGUACAUAGUGCCCUCCAGGACCAUGGUUGGACACCCCUGCAUUAGAGGAUCCUUUUUCUCAACCAAAAGUUAAAUAUCAUGAACUGUGACAAAAAUGACAUCUCUGGUGGCUACAGUUCUUUUGCAGGAAGGCAUGUGAAUAUUUCAAGCUAUAUAAAAUUCCGUCCUUUAAAAAACUUUUUUUUUUUUUAUCAAAGUGUACACUGCUUCUCAACCCCUCCCAACACACGCUUUUUACUCUUUCAAAACAUUUUGAUAAUUUUGGACGGACCCUUACUAAUAGUAGUGAGCCAGACAAGACAAUGCUUAUGUUUGUAAAAGUCUUAAAACUAAUAAACAAAUUUAAACUUAA